UCUAGAUAUUGUUUAUUUUUUUCUUUUUUCGACGAAGAAAGUAGAAUACCGACUCUAGGUGAAGGUGUAUCGAGUAUCGUUGAGAAUAAAAAAGAAAAAGUAUAUUUAGGAAUAAAGUCGAAAGUUUGUAAAAUUACCUACGUAUGUGUAAGCUUUUUAGGCAUCUCGUUAUGUUUCAAGACAAGAUAAUUUCUUAAACACGCGUUGCUUCUGUUUGGUGAAGAACGUUUUACGACUACUCGAAUUAGACUACAUAGUCUCUAUGUUUAGUAGGAUAUGAUUAAGUUCCUGUUGAAAGUACAGCUCCGGAAGCGCGUUAAAAACUCGUUUAAACUUGGAUUUUAUGUUCGCCGUGUAUUGGCUGUGAAUUGUGAAUGAAACAUGUGCUCUCGACGCUAAUUAAUCGUUGCAUCGUGAAUUUCAUGUUCCGGUUUACGAUAGUACGAGAAUUCACUUGUUCGACUUCGAAAAGGAGGAGAAUACUGAAUUCGAUGUGUAUAUGUAUAUGUAUAUUUUUUGUUACUUUUAGAUAUUCAGAGGGAAGGUUGAAAUAUCAGGGUUUGGUUUAGUAAGCGUUAAGUACAAUGUAGUAUUUGAUGGGUAAAAAAAUAGCCGAGUGGAGGUGGUCCGAUUAAAGCGGAUAGCAAGGAAGAAAGGAAAUGAUAGGAUCGAUUUUAUCUACUUUAAAGCUAUCUAUCUAAACAGAGGAAAAGAUAUCUUAAAGUUUAUCUCGACGGACAGUUUGACUGUAUAAGUAAAAUUUAGCACAGUCUCUUUUAUAACCCUAACCUAUUACAUACGUAUAUAGGUAUGUACAUAUGUAUAAUGGAAAUAUGAAAAAGCAUGUUUCGGUUCGUCCAUAAUCAUUUGACAGAGAGAGAGAGAGAGAGAGAGAGAGAGAGAGAAAAAUGUUGUUGUCGAAACUGUGUGCCUUCUCCUCGCGAAUCGUGAUUCGUACUUAAUCUUUUUCUUUUCUUUCGAUUAUCGAAAUGAUCAAUUCCCUCGAUUUCCCGAGUCCAAGGUUUUCUCGAGUCAAGGAUACAAGACAGCUUUUCCUCGAAGCGGAUUCAACGAGAUCGAAUCGAUCGAGGCCUCGCAUAGAGUUUACCGAACACGUUUUGGGGGCCAACGACAACUGAUUGCCGCAAGUAGAUCGAAAAAACUCACUGCCAGGAAAAGAAGGAAUGAUUAUUAGCUAUUGGAAAAUAGAAGGAAAUCUUUAAUCAAACUGUGCAGAAUAGUUGUUAAGAGUUAAGAGAGUUUCGGUAGAAUUGUCAAAGUUUCCCUUCUUGCAUCCUUCUUGAUCUCUCCUGAAAUUUUCACAGGAUUUUCAGAGAAUUGGUAGCUUCUGAUCGAAUUAAGAAAUUCAAUCCGUCUUCUCUUUGUUCCGAUUAGCAGUUUGAAAAUAGGAUAAGAAAGCAGCAGAAAGAAUCUAUGUCAGCGAGAACGAUGCAAGUUUCGAGCGAGGUUUCUCUCGUUCACGCGCUUCUCUAACGAUAAGUUGAGUAGUAGAUAAUCUAGAAAAGUUGCUCACCGUUAUUUCUAAUAGAUGAUUGAUUAAAGUUAAAUAAUUAACUGAGAAAAUGGAUUGAUCGUUAGUCGUCAGGUAGUCGUCCUUUACCUUGAACCAUGACCUUCCGUGGAAUCGGAUGAACUAGGUAGGGGCUGGAAAUAGACCGUCUCGUGACGAAAAGUUUGAAGAAGCAGGUUCGCGAAGAUGGUAAAAAAGAUUGAUACAUAUAUCAUUUAGAAUUUUAGAAUGUACAUAUAUUGUACAGGUGUUAAAUUUUUCUUCUUUUCAACGCGAGAAAGAUGAAUGAUUCUUAGCAAAUUACUGCAAGUUCUGCUGAUCGCAUCGUUAAAAAUUAGUAGGUAACAGUGAAUCCUGUACGUUUCGAAAGUCAGAAUCGAUGGAAAGAAAAGCGACAGUGGGAAACGGUGGGAAACGGUGGGAAAUGGUAGAAAGAGAAACCGGGGCACGAUUCUUUCAGCUUCGAUACCGCUAUAGAAAGUGUAGUGUACGGUGAUUCGUUCUCGUUCUGAUUUAUAAGCCGCGAAAAUUGAAAGAGGAAAGUUUCAACUACAUAUUCGUUGAGCGAAAAUGCUAUUAGACAAGAGUGUGGAGAAGAAAUCGGAGUGAAUCCGAUUAAUUAGAUUUAAUUUCAGGCAUAAAUUUACUAGGAAAUUUGGAGAAAUCUUGUUUUAAUCGCUUAUUAACGGAUCGUAUCAAUUUGCCCGCAACCUUUAGGGACACCGUCUACAUUAGGAGUAGACGAGAAGAGAGCAGAAUGAUAAUGGACAAUGUCCUGUCGCGUCCGAUGUCCCGUGUUUCGUGUUUCGUGUUUCGUGUGUGCUGUGUGGAAGCGAAUGGCCACCGUGGAGGACCUGACACCGCUUCAAUAUGCAGUGAUGAGGAAACAGCCGAUUAUAACGCUCGGCCCGAAGCAAAGCGGUGAAUAUUUCUGCGUGUAUCCACAGGAACGAUCAUGUAUGGAUACCUAGAAUGUGUCGAGUAGUCGGUUGAUUAUAACCGUGCAUACAUACUUACAUAUAUUUGCAGAAUAGAGUAUAGAGGAUUCGAGUCUCGUAGGGAGAAUGAUUUUUAUUCACACGAACGGUCUUGUUUCAGUCUCUCUUCUUUCUUCUGCACAUUGUUGAACAUUGAUAACCCUUUAUUUACCGAAUCUGGUUAUGUCCUAAGAAGGACAAGAAAGUAGGAACUUUGCUAAUCUACAUUAUGGAAUCUAGCGUGGGUCGAAUCUAGCGUUCGAUCGUUUGAAAUCCUCUGAUGUGUUUCGCGGCUGCGCCAACGAUAUCUAUGUACAAUGUAUCUCUCUCCGUGGUUCGUCUUCAUUCAGCUUUUCCAUCGAGGAGUAUCCAUCCUUAGGUCAGAAGAGGGUGGUUGGGUGAGUGGGUGGGACAACGCGUUAGCCUAGAUUUCCUGCUUGCUGUUCCACGAAACGCGAGAAUUUCCUGCUAGUCGUAGAACUUUGUAUUGGCCAAGUUGUCACUCCGAUAUACGAUCCCCCUUCACCCUGAAUAACGACUUUCAGUCAGAAUGAAAUAAAAGUAAUUUGAAAAUUAAAUAUAUUUCAAGUACGUAUACCUAUACGAUAACGUAAUAUGUAAUAUGUAAUAUGUAAUAUGGAAAGGUUCGAAGCUAUUUUUUUCAUGUGCUUGAACACUAUCGGUAGUGGCAUAGUGGCAUAGUGCAAUGUCAAUCUUGGCCAAGGCUGCGUUUUACGUGUCUCAUCCACGAGGCGUACUUUCUCCUUGCCAAUUUCCAUGAAAUUUCCAUGAAAAUUCCAUGAAAAUUCCAUGAAAAUUAAUUCCCUCGAAGCAAUUCUAAGUUUAAAGAGUGAUUCUUUUGCUUCUUGACAGUUGAGGGUAGUUUGUUUUUUUGUCAGUGUCUUCGUAGCAGGAAUGUAGAUAGCUAGGGCCCGAUGCCAAGCCACAGUUUUCCAGCAUUGAUUGGUUAACCUUGACUUGCAUCAGUACUUGCAUCCAUGGUCGACCUUCGACAUUGAAAAUUUCAGACCAGAUAAAAAGCAUCCUGUCAGAAAAGAAGAUCGUCUCCUCUCUUUAUCGGUUAUCGCUCAAUCGGUCAAUUUUUCGACUCUUUAGGCAAUUUUCUAUAGGGUGUCGUCGUCGUCGUCGUCGUCGUCGUCGUCGUCGUCGUCCCCCUCUUCCCCAUAUAUGUAUACAUAUAAUUACCAUUAGAAUAUCGAGUCUUUCGAUCGUUUUACAACUUCAUCUAAUGACUAGCCUGAUAAAUCUUACUCCGACACGUGUAUAAUUUUAUGCGUGGCGUGCAUCCUCUUGAGGUUCUUAAGGUCAAUGUCGUGUUCUAGUUACAAGCAGCUAGGUAAAACGGUCGAUUUGAGAACCCUUUAGAUCUUGUAUCGUUGGUACAUACCUAUUACAGUGAAAUAAUGAAUAUUAUGUUUUCGUAUAGAUAUACCAAGGAUUAUAAUUUCGUUAAUAGAAAUCGGUGAUAAAGAAGGAUGUUCGAAGAAGAAACGUAGAGUUUUGGAUGAUUUUAUAGUAAAUCCGGUUGCUAGAUAAAAAAGAGAGACGAGAAACAAUUGGCAUUGAAUCCGCAAGAGGUAUUUCUCUUGUAUCGAUUGGUAAAAUAAUCUUCAUAUUUGCAAGGUUGCUAAGCCGAUAAAUAAUUUCAAUUCUACCACGCGAUGCGACUAUUACCGCAUUAUUCUCAAUUGCGUCAUCGAAUUUUCUCGUUUCUCUUCUAUCAUCGGUUAGAUGCUCUCUGAUCUUUUUUUAUAUUUAAGUUACUAGUAUUUAUCCGAAUAAAACUAAAUUGGUGCAAUUUUAGAUUUUUGUAACCCAUUAAGAAAAAGUUAUUGAUUCGAAUUUAUUAUGUUCAUGCCCCGGUCACGUGGGCGAACGUUAUCGUAAAUGAACUCGCGUGGAAACCUUUCCGCAGACAGGGUCGUCUCCAAUAUCGCAUUCCAGAGGCCACCGAUAAUAAUUCAACGUUUUUGUCAUUGUUAUUAAUUAAUAAUGGCUGCUUUUGAAAAAUGAAAAUAAUGCGAAACCUAUUGCCAAAAGAUAUUGUAGAAUGGAAGGAUCUUAGUCGAUUGUGUUGAACGAAAUCGGGUCGCGUAGAUAGAAACGGAUCGCGCGUGAACCUUGAUUAGAAUGUUUAGGAGGCGCUUUGGCAUUGGUCCCAAAGUCAGGCUGUGAUUUCUAUUGCUUUCACAUUGCAGCCGUUCCCCUCUUAAUUUAUAUGUACGCUCCUGAUCGAUUCUUUAGCUGCCAAAAUAACUUUUCCAAGAAGUAACGUUUAAUCUCGAUUAACGUAAUAACAAUGCAAAGUGAAGAUGAUAUUAAGGAAGAGCGUUCACAGAAGAAAGUAGAAAAAGACACACCUUGCGAAUUUCUCGAUUCAGCAAAGUUCGUUGAUUACAAUAUCGAUUUUAGGGAAAUAAAAGUUUUACUUUCGCUUUCUACGAUUAAUCGAUCCGUUGGCGAUAAUGCGUUCGCGUCGUUUAAACUUUAAGGGAUGGGGGGCGUUUAGCGUAAGUGUCGUGAGAAAGAUCCUCGGAAUUGUAUCGAUCGCGAUCGUGCGAACCUAGGGAACAAGAAUGUCUCACACAAUCAAUUGUUGCGUUAAUAGACGACGCGUGGGUUGGCACAAAACUCUGUUGAACAGAGCUUAAAUGAUGAUGAUGAUGAUAAUUAUUGUUGGUUCGGUAUCGGUUACUAGUAGUUUGCUAGUAGCUGGUAGCUGAUGAUCGAACAGUACGGUACGCGACACCUUUAUCGGUAAUUAACGUGGCGGAUCGUGGUACUCGCGAUAACGGCUGAUAAAAUGCUUGAUAACGAUUGAUAACGAUAGUCGGUUUAUCGGUACCGCCGCGCCGCGCCGCUCGAAACCGUGUCAAUUAGCGUCUAAUUAAAUUUCGAAAACGAAAUCAUGUUUGAGAGGCGCAAUCGUGUUGAUUUCUCGAACGGAAGGUCUCGGUUAAUCGAUUGUCAGCUUAUAAUUAGCCUGGUCUUAUUAUUAGUAUUUUGUACACCGCGCCGGAAGCGAACUCCAAAGCCGCGUUUCUUUUCCUGCCCUGUUCCGGUUCUUGUACAUAUGUAUAGCCUACGCCUACGUAACGGCUCUCUUCCACUAUCCAUUCUCCCUUGGACAAUUCAGACGCGUGCAUUUCGAUUCAAGUCAAUUCGAUAAUCGUCCGCCUCGACGAUUCCUCUUGGAGAAAUGCAACUUGCUCGAUAUGAUUCAAUUUUCAUGAAAAUAAUAUUUUUCUCUCUCAAGUAACUUGUUCUAACGGAAAGUAGAAUUUUGAAUUUUCCCUCUUUCUGCCCAAGUGGGCUCCGAUUAGCUAUUUCAGCCCCGAUCUUAUUACGGAACAGCUUAAAGCUGUCGUAAGACGGCGUGCAAUAGCUUGUUGAAACUGGUCGAUCCGGAAUCGCGUAAACCACUUACCCUUCGUCGUCGAUAUUUACCCUUUAUGUACUCUUGUUCCCAAAAGUGAGGAAAACUUUUCGUUUGUCAUUUCUGCAUGAAAAAAAAUGAAACGUGUCAAUGAAUCGAACAAUUCAAUUAACGGAAAAGCGAGACAUCGAAUUUCGUGGGCGUUCGUUACGUCAAUGCAGCAGUUGUAGGCGGUGGUUAUUUCCGAAUCUUGAUGGUUGUUUCCUUGGAAAGUAGAAAUCGGGCUUCUUCUACAAAGAAGAGAUCAGUGUAGUAAUCAUCAGUGGAAAAGUGAACUUGACGCAACACGCUUUUGCAUCAUGUGUGCUAUCGAGAUUAGCUAAAUCUCCUUAGAUCGAAACUGGCUUAAAUCUGCUUAAAUUGGGAGGAAGUCCAGGAGCACACAGUCAGGUGGAACGCUAAAUUUGAGUUUUUAUGCAAAAUGAGUGCCAACGCGUCCACCGGUGUCCUCGAUCCCUGCAUUUUGAGGAUAUCCGUCAGAAAGGAAUUGAAGGGAGGCAGGUCCUUUCAGAAGCUCGGCUUCACCGACCUGAACCUCGCCGAAUUCGCAGGAGCUGGUCUCUGCAGAACGAGGUGCCUUCUGGAAGGUUACGACGCGAGGCAUCGGCAAGACAACUCCAUGUUGCGAGUUGCCAUUAAAAUGAACAUGCUCUCCGGAGAUAUUCUAUUCAAAGUACCUUCUCCGUCGUUGAAGCAAACUCAACUCGCUGUACCUGGUGUCCCAGGUGUUUCCGGUAUAACUGCGGACGAGGCAAGUGCAUCCGAAAGAUGUACCAAUCGUGAAGACUAUGUUUCUAGUGGUUCGUUAGCCGGAAGUGUAGCAAGUGCCAGCAGCGGUUUCGGCAGUCUUCCUAAAAAGAGGCCUGCCCUCUUUUCCUCGGAGCUCCUUAGCGGAGCAGAGUCGUACGAUCCGAUAACCGUCAGUGAAAUCGUACCAUCGGCUCUUCCAGUGGAAACUUUAGCUGAAGCGCACACAGAAUCGGGCCAUUCCCGUAAUAGCAGUAACACCAGCCAGCUGAGCAAAGGCUCAGGCUACGGAUCUUUGAAUUCGCACAGUCAACACAGUAGACAGAGCAGUAGUGGUGACAGUGGCCACAUUAGGUCACCCUCCUGGCCGGUAUGGGCUCCACGUAUCCCACAUGUCUCCCAAAACCCUUCGAGCCAACUACCCACCAGACCCGAGUCGUCUCUCGACUCGGAUUCUCAAUCCUCGUCUUCCUUGAUGCAAUUGGACCCACGAAAUCGGUUCUGGUCGAUAUCCAGUCCUCUUUCUUCUCGCGAUGGAAAGGUGAACAGACAGCAGGGUAGCAGCAGGACGAGUGUCACGACAGUUUCUGCGAACGAACGAAACCAGACUGGUAGAUUGAAAAACGGUGUAGCUUCGAACGAAAGCAAGAACAAGGACCAAGAGAUUGGCGCGUUCAGGGUGCCUAGAUCGCAAAACGUGCCACGACACUCGCGAAAGAAUUACGAGGGGAAUAGCUUUGAUUUGCGAAAUAAUUAUAAUGCCUCGAAUACGUCGAUGGCGAAAGAUCGAAGCGAACAAGAGAAUAGCAGCAGCAGCAGCAGCAGCAACAGCAACAGCAACAGCAACAGCAACAGCAACUGCAACAGCCGCAGCCGCAGCCGCAGCAGUAGCAGCAGCAGCAACUCGGUUGUACCGGUCGCAAAACCAAGAAUCGGUCAACCAGGUUGGAGAAGCAUAUCGAAAACCUGUGAUUGUAUCGAGAAGGGUAAAACAAGCCCUGUUUUGCGAUUGGCUGACCAAGCCAGAGCCGUAUCCUCCCCAGAUCCUCUUCAUAGGCCCGAUAACCCCAGAGCCUCGCUACGUUCCGCGACGACCGCUCAGAACCUCAGCUUUGCUUCCAGUUUCGAUGGGUUUGUGAAUCCUUGCAGGGGUAUCGGCGGAGGUCAUCGGAAGUUGCUGGACGGGGCGGGUGGCAAGCUGGCUACGGUCGCCACCAGCCCAGCGGACUCUGAGGAGUCCUCUUUAGGGGUACCGGAAGUCGUUCCACCGAGCUCCCAACACCGAAACAGCAUAACCCCACCGUCAGUCCCCAUGCUUUCGUCUUUAAAUCUGUUCUUUUUCAAUAUUUCACUACUCGUCUCGUCUUCUCUCCUCCCAUUCCCACCACUCCCCUCUCUCUUUUCUUUCGCUUUAUCAUUCUACAUCCUGACAAUUGUACUUACCUUACAGUUAACACCUUACAGAUCCAAAGAACUUUCAUGGCAUUCAAGAAUAUCAUUCAGAAUAAUUGAUUUCCAGAAAAUUAAGAAAAACAGCAAGGAGAUCACUUCAAAUACGAUGUUGAAGAGCAAAGGAGCCUUCUCAGCUAUUGUACUUAGCUCACUCACUAAUUAUAACUCGUCAGUUGGUCAAUUUUAUGAUAGAUUCUAUAAAUUCAUAUUUUUGAUAAUGUACAAAUAUGGCUCGAGAUAAUCGCGAUUACACCAUUGAAUAAAACGCUGCGCUAAUAUGAAUAAUUCAAUUUAUUCGAAAUAUACUACAUAGUGUCUCUGACGUUAUAAUUGUUGAAGAAAAAAUGUUUACAAUUUCAUUGAUGUACGUCAGCAGAAAAUAUAUGCGUGAUUAAAAAGAAGAAGAAGAAGAAGAAGAAGAAAAAAAAAUGGUUUUACCUAAGGAUAACAUGUAAAGUGUUAACUAAUAAAUUUCCACAGUCGGUACUGAUUUACAGCAUGAAAAAAUGAUAUGAAGAAAACGACUGAUUCAUGGCUAAUUAAACACGAUUUAUCAUUCUCUUUCAAUGUCUUUCCUGCCUCUUCUUAUUGUAUAAAGACUCGUUCGUUACAGAAUUUUGAAAAAAGAAAUUGUAUUUAAUUGAUGUAUUAUCGAGUGUUUUCCUUUGUCAUCUUCACCCAAGAUGAAAUCUAUGAUAUAAUGAUAUAAUACUAAUUGUAAGUUGAAUUUUAGUUGGAGGUAACAGGAAAACAUUAUAAAUGAAUCUCUAAUUAAAUAUUAAAUACAACAAA